GCUAUCCAGAGGCAGCAAGACUGAGCAUGCUGGAGCCUCGAUUCUUGAUGACAUGCGGAACUGCUAGAAUUGCGAGGCAUGUCGAUGGCCGUCGCUCAAGUAGGAAAUCAAUGCUCUGUGCGUCAACGCGUCUACCACGAACAAUGCAUCCGUUCCGUUCUAUCCGCUACGUCCGGCGCAAACUACUAGUCGUCUAUUUUUUGUCAUAUUUCACUCGCUACUCAGCGGCCCUGCGGGUGAUUUUUUCGACACCUAUGAACGCGUGUGGACGGUCGCGGAGCAAGACACAGCGAAAUGCGUCCAAAUGCAGUUGCUCAUCGAGCCAAGCUUCCGGAUUAGAGCGGGAUGGUGCGUCGUCUGAGAACGGCAUAGUAGUAGCGUCCAGUGCCAGUCAAAAUGAGAAGGACGACCUUUCACCUGUUAGGGAGAUGCCACCAACUUCCCUUUUUCGACGUCCAGAGACUUCCCUUUUUCGAAACCCACAUCAAGGUAUGCCUCUGACAGAUGCUGCGGAACAAAAUCUACCAGAUACUUCUAGUGCUGCCCACUUAGAUGAAGGAACACAGAACGGCGAUGUACGAGAAGACUCUCAUCUCCUUGCUUGCGCGAGUGAAGCGGCGUGCUCGAUAGCAUCUUCACCCGACGCCGAUGAAUAUCAGCAUACUCCUUUCUUGGAGCAACCCAGUCCAGGCUACAAGACGAAACGGCCGCCAUCCAUCACAACCGCACCGCCAUGGGGAAGUGCUGCCGCAGCAGGACCUUCAGCCAUUCUCGAUGUGAAUAGUCCCUGUCCCACGACUGCUCAGAAUGCUGCAUCGACUGAACACAUUGGAGUUGCAUCUUCAGGAGGGUCCCCUUUCUCGGGACUCGAUGAAUUACUCGCGUCGUGGAAACUCAGUCUCGACUCGCUAUUUGGAAGUGGCCACUCCUUGACUGUCUCCAGCUCUGUGACCUCAGCUGCGAUGAACGGACAGGAGCAGCAGUCGUCCUGUCUCGAGAGGCUCACCGGCGAAUCAAUCGCGGUUCUUACGGCAAAGUAUGCAUAUCUUCACUUACGGACACCGUCCUGGACGAUAAUCAUAAUAUUGCGCGACUAGGAGGAGUUCUAGUUUUCACCAAUGUUACUGGCAUCGUGACUCCUGUGCUAGCUAGAGUACAAUGAUCAUAAGUUAAUCAAUUUAAUAUCCCCAGUGUUCCCCUUCUAAUUUCGUGCCAACAUCGGGAAGAGGUCGCGCAUAUACUCCAGAAUGUACGGGAGAAGAGGCGGAAGAGGAGGAUGGAAAUAGUCAGGCUUUUAUGAGUACCGUUGAAGGUGGUGCAGAAACGAGAAGUACUCGCAAAUCAUGUCAAGGGACCAGAACAAGUGCGGAAACGGAACCGAAACGCAGUGAGUCCUUUUCUGGUGGCGAUAGUAAUGUCUCCCGGAAACCUCCACGACACGUAAAAGAGCAGGCAGAUCUUUAUCAUAUACACACUAGCUUCAGCCGUGCUGGAAUCAGCAACAAUAAUUACUGUCAAGACGGAGCACAAUAUCAAGUACCCAGUCCACCUACGCUGUUUGGUUCCCAAGGGCGACAAGGUCUCUCGCUUUUUCGACGCUGCUCCCCAGCACGAUGUGCGUACCAGAGCAUUUGCUGUUUUUACAAUUACGGAGAGAGCAUCAGAAUCCCAGUUUUUUGAUUACGAAUUCGUGCGUGUCGACUUCCACUUCGUUUAAGAAGACCAUUCGUGGUCAUACGCGUUCAAGUUCUGGAAUGCAGCAUAUUUUUUUCUUAUCAUCUUCAUUUGUUUUAGUUAUCGAUACCGUGUCGUUGAAGUGAUAGAACGAAGUACUUUCACUAGCAUCUUUCCUUCUAAUUUAAGAUCGAUCAUGGUGAAGAACUUUGUGCGAGGGGCAAGGUCUUGAUUCCGUACGACGCGUGCAAUGACGCUGAAGUUCGCUCAUUGCAGCCCUUACCUCCGCCAGUGGCAGUCCUUGAACCAGGAACAUUUCAUAACCGAGGUGGGUCACGCGCAGGCACCAAUCACACCCUUCGACCGCACAGCAGCAACUGGUUCCCUGACGACGCGGAAGCGGAUGUAGUUAUGGAUUAACAUCCCUGGCUGCAAUAUCCUUGAGCUAUUGAAUUCCUCAAGUGAGUAGAUGAAAACUUAGCUCAAAGGACCGUCUUUGAGCAGCGGUGUAACCGACCCUGUUGCAACCCCUAAAUUGGCUGAUGGCGGCGGAGAGAGGCGCAGCGACUUGAGUUUAAUAGGCACGCCCUCCUUUGGUGCGGAUGUGCGCAGCUUUAGUAGUGGCCACGGAUCGUCUACGGGGGACGAAGACGAGGAUAUGAAUUUUGGCCUUACCGAAGAAUUAUUCCAACGCCUUGAGACGGAAAGCCAAGGACCAGGAGUCUCUCCAGAAAUCUCUCCUACACAACAAGAUGAAGGUGGGCUACCUGGUGAAGCAGUUACAGCAAUAUGACUGGACUCUACUUGUUCAUUUCCGAGAAAUUUUUGAGUCUCCUUUUUGAUAGCGAGCGAAGGUCAUUGCUCAUCCUGCUCUUAUCUGAGCAACCAAGUCAACGUAGCAUCUAUAAGUAGUUCUCUUGAGUCUUAUUAAAUUUUUUUUCCGUUUGCGAAAACGAGUCUCUUUUUGUUGUUCGCGAACAGUCAGAGAUAGCAUCGCCUCUCCUCUUAAGCGGUUUCUAUCCCAAGCCUUUCGUAGCACUCCCUUCAUGAGGAUGUGCACCAACUGAAGAAAAGACCUUUGGAUCUGUAGAGCCACGGACGCCAGGGCUUGCGUCGGACGUCUUCCCAUUCCAUGAUACAUUUUGCUACACCGGAAUAACUACAGUACGAACAGCGAGCCGAAGACAGUUUGCAAUGGAUUUAGUUUUAGUUUAG